AUGCUGACGGCGAGAGACGGAGCGCGGGAUGAGGCGCAAAAACUACACAGGAAGUGGAUGAAGCACCAGGCCUUUAUGGCUGAACUGGCCCGCAAUAAAGAAUGGCUGGCCAAGAUCGAACAGGAGGGUGAGGAGCUCAUUCAGGAGCAGCCCGAGUUACGUUCGGUGGUCCAGCAGAAGCUGGAGGAGAUGCGUGAGUGUUGGACACAUUUAGAGAGUACCACUAAGGCCAAAGCCAGGCAACUGUUUGAGACCCAGAACCACAGAACCAUCGACCCACCCAGCAGAAGCCUAAACGAGCUGGACCAGCAGCUUUCUCACCUGCAGGAACAGCCCUCACCCCUGGGCUCCACACACACCAUGCCUACAACACAACCUGUGCUUCUACAGUCGCGCCCCACCUUCAGUCAACAGCUGCAGCGGAUACAGUCGAUGGAGGCUCAAAUGGAGCUGUACCAGGGUGUUGGGGAGCUGAGGGGCAUGUGUGGUCAGAAUCCAGGUGAGGUGGAGGACCACGGAGGAGUGGUGGAGACCAGGAUCGUGCGUCUGAUCGAGCCCUUGAAAGAGAGGCGUCGCAUUCUGCUCGCUUCGAAAGAGAUGCAUCAAGUCAGUCAGGAUCUGGAAGAUGAGAUUCUCUGGAUACAGGAGCGUUUGCCUUUGGCCUCCUCUGCAGAGUAUGGGACCAACCUACAAACUGUUCAGCAGCUUGUGAAACAACACGAGUCAGUGCAGAUGGAGGUGCAGGCUCGUCGUGUUAGGGUGGAAGAAGUCCUGGAAAGGGCGGAGGCUGUUGCUGCCCUACGCACCCCGGAGGCGGACCUUGUGCGGGAGGGGGCGGGGCAUUUGAGGCAGCUGUGGGACGUCCUUCAGGUGGAGAUGGAGCGACGCAUGCUAAUGCUGGAUGCAGUAAACCACGCCCAGCAGUAUUACACUGAGGCCGCCAAGGCGGAGUCCUGGCUCAGUGGACAGAAACUACAGGUUCUCAGUGAAGAAAAGGGCUCGGACGAGGCCAGCACUCUGAGGUUACUGAAGGAACAGCUGGCUCUGGAACAGACCGUUGAGCAGUAUGCUGAGACUGUCAGCUUCCUGUCACAGCAGUGCCGCCGCAUGCUCGAGCUCGGUCACCCAGACAGUGAGCAGAUCACUAAACAGCAGGCACACAUAGACCGUCUGUACGUGUCACUGAAGGACCUGGUGGAGCACAGGAAGACCAAACUGGAGCAGCAGUACUGGCUCUACCAACUGAAGCGUGAGGUGGAAGCCUUGGAGAAGUGGAUAUCCGCACGAGAAGCGGUGGCCAGCUCCACUGAGCUGGGUCAAAGUCUGGAACAAGUCACGGUUCUCCAGGAGAAGUUCAGGCAGUUUGCCUCAGAGACCAGAUCAGUGGGUCAGCAGCAGAUGGACUCUGUCAAUAAGAUGGUGAACGAAAUGAUUGACUGCGGCCACUCUGACGCGGCGACCAUCGCCGAGUGGAAGGACGGGCUGAAUGAGUCCUGGGCCGACCUGCAGGAACUCAUGGAGACCCGUGGCCAAAUGCUCGCAGCAUCUCACCAGCUUCACAAGUUCUUCACUGACUGCAAAGAGGUGUUGGUUCAGAUUGAGAGUAAGAUGCGGCAGUUGCCAGAAGUACGGGGAUGCCAGGUGAGCACAGCGAACCCAGGCACACUGCAAAGACUGCUGCACUCCUUCGAACACUCCCUGCAGAUGCUGGUCUCACAGGUGCGACAGCUGCAAGAGAACGCGGCCCAACUGCGGGCAAUCUACGCCGGGGAAAAAGCCGACGCUAUCCUAAUUCGAGAACAGGAAGUGAUGCAAGCUUGGAAGGAGCUGCUGGUUGCCUGCGAAGGCAGCCGAGUGCAGGUUACCACAGUAACAGACAAGUUACAGUUCUUUGCGACGGUGCGUGAGCUGAGCAUGUGGAUGGAUGGAAUUAUGGGACAGAUCGGCCCAUUUGAGGAUGCCAGGGAUCUCUCCGCACUGGAGGGAAUGAUGUCACAGCACCAAGGUUUGAAGACAAAGGUGGAAAACAAGAGCAAGAACUUUAUGCAUUGUGUGGAGAUGGGCAAGAUGUUACUUGCUGCCCGCAGCCCUGCUUCUGAAGAGGUGAAAGAGAAGUUAGAUUAUGUAAUGGCCAAGCAAAAGGACAUGAAUGACCGAUGGGAUCAGCACUGGGAGAAGCUUCAAAACAUGCAGCUGAAGUUACAGGCCGCCCAGCAGACAGUCACGGAGCAGUCAUGGCUUGCCCCCAAAGAUCCAAUCACCAACAGUCAAGAGACAGGAGGCGGAGCCGAUGAGGUUGAGCAGCUGAUUCGUCGGCAUGAGGCUUUCCGAAAGGCGGCAGCCACAUGGAAGGAACACUUCAGCUCUUUACGACAGGUUGGCAAGGCAGAGAAGCUGAAAGAAGAACAAAACAAGCAGCCAACAACAUCUCUAUUGAACAGGCAGAUGUUCCCUGCGUCCUGUCUCGUCCCCAGCUCUUCGUCAUCUUCCUCCUCAUCCUCUCUCCUUCGUAACCCAUUUCCAGACUCGGUCCUUGAUCCUAAAGCUGGUUUGGAACUUGCACACACCACUGCACACAUGGCUGCAAACACACUUGCUCAGAGACUGGGUUCCACAUUUGCCCCAUACAACCCAGUAAUGAACGGAUCUUCCUAUCACGGGUUAAACCAGCAGGGUGGCAUUGUUGGGGCGGAUAGUUCCAGUUACCACGGGUUAAACCAGCAGGGUAGUAUAUUGAGACCUGAUAGUUACAGUUACCAGGGGCUGAACCAACAGGGUCUUAUGGGGAUAGAUGGUUCCAGUUACCACAGUAUGAACCAUUUAGGCGCAGUGGGAAUGACAGAACCUAAAAUAGCUUACGCCUGGCAACAUCUCAAAGCUGACUGCCAACAGCCCAAAAUCAACCACAUCCACAAGGCUGUUUCGCCCCUAAUGGAGGCCCAUAGAUCCCGGCUUGGGGGGGUGGACAUUUCAACUCCUCCCGUGGGCCUGGACCCCUCCCUGGAGAUGAUCCACAGCCGGCUCCAGAGGGACCCCCGCGGCAGCCGUUCGGAUCCCCAAAUGGACCACCUCAGGCGGGAGAGGGAGUAUCGGUUGGGCAGACAGACCUCAAGCGAGCAGGAGAUACAGGCCCGAUUAAACGAGUUGCCACUCAUUGUCCGACAGGAGCGUUACCGUCGGCGACUGGAGAGGCAGUCGUCCAGUGAGCAGGAGGGAAGUGGGAGGCCGAGUGACCAGGAUUCGGGCAGAGAACCCUCUGACAAGAGACCGUCAGGGGAGAAGCGUUCCACUAUGGCUGAGAUUGUGGAGCAGGUGCAGGAGAGAGAGGCUGCCCAUGCUCGAGGAGAGGUAUACCGGCCUCCCAGCAGUCUGUCUGCUCCAGUUACCCGACUGGACCGCCCUCGAGCCCGCGAUAGGCCCAAACCGCGACGGAGACCACGUCCAAAAGAGCCAGAGGAAACGAGGAGAUCACGGUCUGCCCCCGCUCAGAGCACCCCUGCCACCCCGCAGCCCCCCACACAUACUGUAGAGCAUGAAGGCUUCCUAUAUCGCAAGCACGAACAGGAGGGGAAGGAACGCAGCCCAAACAGUAAAUCUUGGGUGAACCUGUUCUGCGUAUUAUCUAAAGGCGAGAUUGGCUUCUAUAAGGACGCAAGACACAAAACCACGCCGUAUAACGAUGAGCCCCUCCUUAGUUUGGCCCUCUGCACCUUUGACACCACCAACGGAUACAAGAAAAAGAAAAACGUCUUCAUCCUCAGAAGAAAUGAUGGGGAGGACUACAUCUUCCUGGCUAAGGAUGAGGAGGACCUGAAAGGCUGGGUGAACAGCAUCAACGCCAGCCUGAGUGAGAUUGAGGAGAUCGCCAAAUGGGAGAAGAACACCUCCUCCACAGAUGCUGACAAAUCAGAACGUAAGGAGCGGUCAGAGGGGGCGGAGCCAUCAGAGGGGGCGGAGCGUUCUGAGAGGUCGGAACGUUCCGAGCGAUCAGAUAAAGGAGAAGGUUCCACAAAACUACCACACAGGGUCGCUCAUGUUCAUUUCCAACAGCGCCGGCAUCCUUACUUUGCAGCUAAGGAACUGCGGAAUAUUGCAGAUGAACUGUGUAGAAAAUUCCGGAUGAACUUUUGA